AUGGGUACACUCAAUGAGAAAACGGGAGACACCAUCGACGUUGUCACACCCGCAGAUGCAAACCUUCAGAGAGAGAGUUUCGAUGAAAAGGUUUCCAUCGACGAUGUAGCGAGGCAACUCAAUGCCACCCCCGAAGAAGUCCUCGAAGCCAGAGAACUUUCACGCUCCCUAUCUCUCGAGGAGACCAGAUCGUCGGCCGAGAGACUAGUGCAACAGCAUGGUCUCGAUCCCAACUUCCCGGCAGGAGCCCUCGAGCGUCUCAAGGAGUUUCUUGCCAACGAAGACAUCCUUGUCAACCCGGAUUCGCACAGCCGUGAAAUCUCAGAGGCCAAGAUCGAAGUUUCUCUGUUGACUUCCAAUAGCCCGUACGCCGAGGUUCGCGCUGUAGUCGACCCGCAUGACGAUGCUAGCAUGCCAGUCGCCACGAUCCGUGCCUGGACUAUCGGUCUCUUUUUCGUCGUCUUCAUCGCUUUCAUCAACCAGCUUUUCAGUGUGCGUCAGCCUUCUAUCACCUUGCGCGCGGAAGUCGUACAACUCCUCGCGUAUCCAGUCGGCAAAGCUGCCGAAAAAUGGCUUCCCGAUGUUGGCUUCACGCUCUUUGGGGUUCGGCAUAGUCUCAAUCCUGGACCGUUCAACAAGAAAGAGCACAUGCUCAUUUCGAUCAUGGCAAGUGUUGGAAAGACUCUGCCGAGUUCCAGAUACAUCAUCUUUACGCAGUGGAUGGACCGUUACUUUGGCCAGAAAUAUGCCAAGUCCUUCAGUUACCAGAUUCUUCUGGCUCUUUCCACAAAUCUGAUGGGAUUCGGACUAGCCGGUCUGUGUAGAAGGUUCUUGGUCUACCCAUCUUUCUGCCUCUGGCCGGCAUCUCUAGUCACCAUCGCUCUCAACAGCUCCUUACACAACGAGGCAAAUCAUCCAGUACCCGGUCCUUUUAAGAAGAUCUACAACAUGUCGCGAUACCGAUUCUUCAUGGUUGCUUUUGCCGCGAUGUUUGUGUGGUUCUGGUUCCCCGAUUACAUCUUCGGUGCACUGUCCCUUUUCAACUGGAUCGCCUGGAUUGCUCCCAAUAACUUUACACUCACUGCCAUUACCGGUGUUAACAAGGGUCUCGGCUUCAAUCCCAUCCCAACUUUUGACUGGAAUGUUGCGACACACGUCGUUCAGCCUCUUGUGGUCCCUUUCCGUGUUACCUUCAACACCUUCAUCGGCGUGUUUCUGGGCGGUAUUACAAUCAUCGGACUCUACUGGACCAAUGCGUACAACACUGCUUACCUCCCUAUCAACUCGAACCUGAUGUAUAAUCACUUCGGUGGCUCAUACAACGUUUCGAAGAUUUUGGAUGGCAGAGGGUGGCUCGACGAGACCAAGUACCAGGCGUACUCCCCCGUGUACCUCGCAGCUAGUAGUAUCACGAUGUACUACUACUUCUUCGCUGUCUAUGCGGCUACCGUGUCCUAUGCUAUUCUCUAUCAUCGUCACGAUAUUGCACUUGGUUUCCGGAGUUUGUGGCGCAGCUUCAAUAAAGAGGCGUCGACUGAUUUCAAGGAUGUUCAUACAAAGCUGAUGUCCAACUACCCUGAAGUUCCUGAAUGGUGGUACCUGAUUCUCAAUCUGGCCGCCAUUGCUUUCGGUGUUGCGGCAGUUGCUGCAUGGCCGACCGAGACGAGCGUUGGUGUUGUGUUCUUCGGCAUUGCGCUUGCCCUGGUCUUCGUUAUUCCAACAGGUAUUAUCUUCGCUACGACUGGCAUGGAAGUGGAAUUCAACGUCCUUGCGGAAUUCAUUGGAGGUGCCUGGGAGCCGGGCAAUGCCUUGGCCAUGAACUUCUUCAAGUGCUUCGGUUAUGUCACUACAGCUCAUGCUCUUGACUUUGCCAAUGACUUGAAGCUAGCUCACUACCUCAAGAUCCCACAGAGGCACACAUUCGCCGCUCAAGUCGUUGCUGUCUUUGUCUCAGCAUUUGUCUGUACUGGCGUUAUGAACUUUCAGAUCAGCAACAUUCCAGAUCUUUGCUCAACAAACCAAAAAGACCGUUUCACUUGCCCUGGCGUAAACACCUACUUUACUGCUGCGGUGCUGUUCGGUAGUCUAGGUGCCCGAAAGGUCUUUGGAUCUGGCGGGAUCUAUACAGCCCUGCUCUCAGCGUUCCCGGUCGGCUUUGCACUUCCUUUCGUUUUCUACUACUUCCAGCGCAAAUUUCCUCGUACCCACUGGUUCGCCAAGAUUCACCCAGUGAUGAUCCUCAGCGGUGGCAUCAGCUGGUCUCCUUACAACAUCGCUUACAUGUGGCCGGCCGUCCUGCCUGGGUGGCUGAGCAUGGUGUACCUCCGCCAGCGUUAUCUUGCGUUCUGGUCAAAGUACAACUACGUCUUGUCGGCGGCUUUCUCGACUGCCAUCGCUCUCGCUGGUGUGAUUAUCUUCUUUGCCGUCAGUUAUCAUGGAUUUGAGAUUACUUGGUGGGGCAACGACUCGGAGAGUGGAUGCGAGUCUACGGCCUGCACGCUGCUGAAGCUGCCUAAAGGCGAAUAUUUUGGACCGCGCGUUGGAACUUACGCUGCAAAUCUUGGGUGCCACGGCAUUCUAGCGAAAUACAAGUGGCUCUUCUCACAGCCCGAAGAGGGUCAGAUCACUGGUCAGCCCAUGCGGCUUGCAGGCGGUGAGGCGUCGCGCUUCAACCACAAUCAGGCCAUGACUCGGUCAGCUCACCGAAAGCUAAGCCCUCUGGCGAGAUUACACUUUGACCCUGGCCAUCAACCAGAACGGGGGACGAUGAAACUCUAUCGGCGACCGCCAAUCAGCACAGUUAAAUGGUCGAGUCGAGUUGAAAGGGCCCGGCCAAAGUGUCGCUCAGCUCCACCCUCCCCUUCUGCCGGCAGAAAUAUAGCAGCAGCUCGCAUUCGAUAUCUCGCGUCGCGCGCCCUUGCCGCGCCUCCGAAAGCCCCACUAUUCGAGUCCGGCGUGUCCGGCGGACUCUGUGGCCGUUCUCCACCCGGUACCUCCGGAUCCAAGUCACGGCCAUCCGUCCAAGCUAAGAAGAGUUGCACACCUUGCAGAAUCCAUAGAGUCAAGUGUGAUGAGACAAGACCAGCUUGUCGACGGUGUAGCAUCACAGGCAGGGUCUGCGAUGGCUACGGCGGUGAGGGUGGCGGUCCAGCGGCCCGCAGACCCUCACUGCCACUUCUCCCGACCUCAUCAGCAUCUCCAUCGCGUUGCGACACACAUGCGGGCUCGGCGGAGCUGAGCUGUACUGAUAAACUUCACUUCGAGUGGUUCGUGAGCCGGACCACGAACCAACUGCCUGGCGUCUUCAACUCGCCGUUCUGGAAGACCUUGGUGCUUCAAGCUAGCUCGACUGAGCCUGCUAUCCUCUAUGCUAUCCUCGCCCUGGGUGCGGCCCACGAGACAUCAAACAUCGACGCAUGCAUCGUCAAACGGGAGCCGUCAAGUCCCGAGACAGCGGAUCAACAGGAACACCUCAGCCUGCAGUAUUACAACAAGUCCAUUUAUCACCUUCAGAAGCAUUUACGCACGCCAAGCACAGAAUCAAUACGCGUCGUUCUAGUUGUCUGCACGGUCUACAUAUGCAUGGAGUUCAUGCAAAAGCGAUGCAAGACGGGAUUCCUUCACUUCAGGCACAGUCUCCAGCUUCUGGGAAGCUUGUUGAGAUCUUCUGCUCCGACAUCAUCAUGCGACCCAGCAGAUGAUUGGUUCGUUGAUGUCAUACCUCGACUAGAUAUCCAAGCGACUCUUCUUACGAACGAGUUUUACCAAGGUGCCGGCACUAAACACACCUCAUCGAUAUGGCCGCCAAUGCCCCGGCUGUUUCAAUCAGUUCGGGACGCUAGCCAAAGCCUCGACGGCCUCUUGUUCAGAGCGUACCAAUUACAGAAAGACGGUGCCGCGGCCGGACCAGCAGAAGAUGCAGCUGACAUAUUUGAGCUGCUCGCUACACAGCAGUCCCUUCGGAACGAGCUAGAAUUGUGGAUACAAGCCUCUGAAAUCUUCAAAGCCAGAACGUGGAACUUCGUAACAGAUCGAGAGAGGCUCGCCUACGGACCGCUGCCGAUUUAUCACACUAUGGCAUACGUCAUCACCAAUACUUCUCUAAAUCCUGGAAAUGAGCUUAUCUUUGACCUAUACACGAGUCACUUUGCGUCGGUUGUAGCUUCGGCGAGGCAGCUUAUUGAGGCGACAUCAUCUGCAACCAUGCUGACACCUGCUGCUGAAUCGUCCCCAGAAGAUUACACGCAUCAAGCUGAGCACGCCUCAGACACGGGCUUGGUUCCGCCGUUAUUCUUCACCGCUGUCAAGUGUCGCGUGCCCAGGAUCAGACGUCAGGCAUUGGAACUUCUUCUAGCAUCUCAACGGCAGGAAGGAAUCUGGGAUGCGAUAUUAUCCGCGCGGAUAGCGAAAGAAGUGAUGGUUCUUGAAGAGCGGGGUCUCUAUGAAGGUGAUGUUGACGAGAAGAGGGCUUCCCCAGAUUUUGUGAUCCCGGUUCUGCCGGGGCCGCCCAGGAUACACAAACUCUGGAUCGAGGUGCCGGAGGAGCCACGCGGAGAUAUCCUUCUCAGCAUCCAGAGGAUCUUUCCAGAGGGCAAGCGGGAGACCCUGGGAAGGCGGUUUCACGCGGAGCAUGACUAUUGGACUUCUGUUCCCGUAACCAGCGCACAUACCCAUUCAAAUCAAUCAAACAAAUAA